UCUGCAAGAUGGCGGCGCGGGGGAGAUCGGCGGAGGAUGCGGAUUCGGAUCCGGGAGAGAGGCCUCUCAGCGGUGACGGCCCCAUCCCGGGUUUCAGUGACGCGGAUAGCUUUGUGAAGCAUGUUUUGGGAACAGUGGUUUCAACUACCAAAGCCUCCAAUGGGCUUCCUCAACCUGGUGAUGAGUUUGACUUUUACCGGAGUUUCCCUGGAUUUCAAUCUUUCUGUGACACGCAAGCUGAUCGACUCCUGAGCUGCAUGAGUCAGCUUAUGCAGUAUCAUGGCUGUCGAAGCCACGUCAGAGUCCGUAACAAAGUGACAGAACUGGAGGACAAAUUUGACUUGUUGGUGGAUGCAAAUGAUGUUAUUCUUGAACAAGUUGGUAUUUUACUGGAUGAAGCUUCAGGUGUGAACAAGAAUCAGCAACCAGUUCUCCCAGCAGGACUUCAACCUCCAAAGACCAUCAUCUCCAGUUGGAACCGCAAGAAUACUGAAAUGAAGAAAUCAAAGUCUGAAACGUUCCGUCUGUUUCAUGCAAAAAACAUUCCACGACCUCAGGUGAAGUUCAAAGAGAAGGUCGACAAUUCCAACACUCCUUUUGUGCCAAAGCUCUUCAUCAAACCCAAUGCCUUGAAGCCACUCCCUGCAGUACUUUUAAACAGACGAAGUCGAAUGGAACGCCCAGAGGAUCUUGAUGUUCCAGCAGCAUUGGCUGACUUUAUUCAUCAGCAGAGAAUGCAGCAUAAUGAGCAGGACAUGCUUGCACAUCCAUACCAGUAUGAGCUGAAUCAUUUUGAACCAUCUGAGUCUGUACUUGCUAAAACAGAACCACAGAUGUACAAACCUCUGUCUGAGACCAACUUUCAGUUAAUCACAACUUUCGAUGAAUUAGUGGAACUGAAUGAAAAACUCUCAAAAUGUAAAGAAUUUGCAGUGGAUUUGGAGCACCAUUCAUAUCGAAGUUUCCUGGGAUUAACUUGUUUAAUUCAGCUAUCAACCAGGGAAGAGGAUUUCGUUAUCGACACACUUGAGCUGCGCAGUGAAAUGUAUAUUCUCAAUGAAGUCUUCUCUGAUCCCUCCAUUGUCAAGGUUUUCCAUGGUGCCGAUUCAGAUAUAGAAUGGUUGCAGAGAGAUUUCGGGCUAUACGUUGUCAACAUGUUUGAUACACACCAAGCUGCCAGAGUUCUCAACCUAGGGCGGCAUUCACUGGAUUACCUUUUGAAACAGUAUUGUAAUGUACAGACUGAUAAACGAUACCAACUAGCUGACUGGAGGCUACGACCGUUGCCUGCUGAGAUGUUGCAAUAUGCCCAAGAAGACACUCACUAUUUGUUGUAUAUUUAUGACAAGAUGAAGAAUCAGUUAUGGGAGCAGGGAAAUGAACAGGCAAAUCUCGUUCAACUGGUGUGGCAUAAGAGCAGGGAUAUCUGUCUUAAGAAAUACUGCAAGCCAAUUUUCACAGAAGAAUCCUACCUGGAGCUGUAUAGAAAGCAGAAAAAGCAACUGAACACACAGCAACUUACAGCGUUCCGAUUAUUUUAUGCCUGGCGGGACAGUACUUCACGGCGUGAGGAUGAAAGCACGGGAUAUGUGCUACCCAAUCACAUGAUGAUCAAAAUAGCAGAGGAGCUGCCGAAAGAGCCUCAGGGGAUCAUAGCUUGCUGCAACCCCAUUCCUCCAUUGGUUCGCCAUCACAUCAAUGAACUGCACCUCCUGGUCCAGCAGGCACGUGAUAUGCCUCUUCUCAAGACAGAAUCAGCACAACUGCAACAGAAGAAAAGAACUUUGCUAAAGGCAGAUAAAACUGAGAACCUUCUGUUUGGACCUCAUGACAGUUCCCACUUGUCGGGCAACGUGCAGUUUGUUCAUGGCUCAGUGCCACUGAUACAAACCAGUAAACUGUUCCCUGAUUUGGAGGAUGGCGAUACGAGCUUAACACUCACCUCUGCCAAAGCAAUCAUAACCAUAUUUGACGAUUCUCUUGCAAAUGAGAAGAACCAUGAAACAUUGACAACAGCACAACAGAAAGCGAGAACUAUUUUAGAAUCAUUUGAAAAUCCUUUCAGAAUGUAUCUGCCUUCCAAGGACAGUAAUAUAUACAUCUCACAAGCAGCAAAGUUUGACCCUUCCACCAAGAUCUAUGAAGUCAGCAACAGGUGGAAGUUGCUGAGCCAGGAGCACCUACAGAAAGAGGCCACCAAAAGGCAAGAACAAACCAAGGAAGCAAAGAGCACACCAAAGCCUGAAGUUGUGCGACAACAGAUAAAACAGGAUUAUAUUGCUGAAGUACAAGAGAUUCCUUCAGUCAGACAGCAGGCUGCUAUGGCUGCAGAACAGCAAUCGGUGAAGAGGGAGCGAACAAAGAGUGGAACAGGAACAGAGGCAGUACCUCCAGAAAAGAAGAAGUCAAAAUCGGGAACAGAGGAGCCAAAAAAUCCCAAAAACAUCAAACCGUUCGAUUACAGCAAGUCUGAUUUCAAAGUUUUUGCAGCUGGCAACAAGUCUAAGGAAUCCACACAGUUUGAUCCCAAUUAUGAAGCAGAUGUGCCUCAUUCUAAGAAAACCGGAAAGAAGAAUCGUCAAUCUGCAGGAAACAGAAGCAUGACUUUCACUAAUAGCAAAUCCGACAGAGGCUUCAAGCACAGUUGGCCAAAGAGAUAGAGCAUUGAGGUCAGACUGCACUGAUCAAGACCACCUUUGCUGUCAAGACUAUUAAUAUUUCCAUGUCAAUAUUAUGUACUUGAUUGGUUUUAAUUUCUAGAAUUUCUUGGACAUUGUUGCACUGUGACAGAAGCUUUAUACAAUAAACCUUUUAAAAAAUGUU